AUGCCCUCCAGUAUCCGUAUAGCAGACCUCUUGCUGCUCUUCUUGAUCACUCAGACCGCGCAGGCUGGCCCAGUAGGACGUGCUGAGAGGUUCUUUAGGAGGGAUUGGAACACCACUUCCAGCGCAGUUAAUGUUGAUAGUGUUGCUGCAGAAUCAAGCAUCACCUCAGAUCCAACAGAAGCCGCGUCCUCUGCCGUCUCGGUGACGGCACAAGAGGAACAGGAUGGUGUCACUCCAAGCCCAAUAUUCGUGACCCUCGAUGGCACCACUACCGACACUCCGGACGCAUCACGGCCCGCAAGAACAACACCUCUAGAUAUAAUCCCUUCCACUACACCUGUCCCGUCUACAGCGGACUCACAGUCCACCCUAGAAUCCCAGAUUUUGCCCACAACCACGUCAAGGCCGAUGCUCCUCCCUCCUAUCUUCAGCACCAUUUCACUGCCGCCGCACCUUACAUCUGGCCUCCAGAACGAGUCGUAUGUGCACUCCAGCAACAUCGCAUCGACAUCAACCUCAGCCAGCGCUUCUGAGAGCCUUACCCAAUCCAUCAGCACCCCCCAUACUACUUCACCCCUCUCCACCCCGGUUGAGGGCGAUUCUUCAGUCGCCGCGCCGACAGUCUCGCUGCAGUCGUCCCUGUCUUUCGGCUUCCCCAUCCCGGGAGAGACUACCACGGUGGCAACGGCCAUCUCUGAACAGCUUCCAUCCUCUACACUUGCUCCUGUCCUAUCUAGUACUACAGCCAACACGGAGGCUUCCUCUCCUGCUUCGUCAACCGCCAUCAGCCCUUCGUCAACUACGGUAUCUCCAGUCCGGCCGGCUCCAGAGACAACUUCCUCAGGCCCAGCAACACCCUCCGCCACCAUAACCCUCUCAUCACCCUCGUCGGCACUCAAGGUUACAGGGACGCCCAACAACCAGGUGCCCACAAUUCGCACAUCGACCCCUGCCGCCUCGACAACCGUCUCGCCCGAAGUCGCCGCCAACAACCUCGCCUCCGCAAAGACUUUCAACUCUCUCUUCGAUUCUCUUAAUGAAAACUCCGCCUGCGCCGCCGGUCAGAUUGCCUGCGUGAAAGGCAACAUCGGCCUCUGCGGCCCCGAUGGCGCAUUUGCGAUCCAGAGCUGCGGAGCCGGCACCUCGUGCUUCGCGCUGCCGAUGAAAACAACCGAAGGCGUCAUCGUCGGAUGCUACGACCCCGAAGUGGCGAGCGGAAUUUUGGGCACACCGGCUUCUGUCUCUGUACCGAUAUCGUCCACGGCUGCGCCCGAAGCCCCUUCGGCGUCGGGGGUCGUGUCGGAGGUGACCACGACCAUCACCCCCACGAUAAUCGCUACCUACACUGUCUCCGUCGGUCCACCUGCUGUUCCGGACGCAAGCUUUGCAACGCCAGUCCCAGGAUUCACCACCACUGUCGUUGUCACCAAGACUGUGGAGCCUGCUCCUACACCCUCAUCCACGACGGCAGAAGAAGAAGAAGAGCCAACUGCGACAUCUACAUCUCGUCGGCGUACAAUCACUUCGACAGCGGAGGAAGAGACAUCGACUUCAAAGUCCACAAGAGCUGAGUCGACAACAUCAGAGCUCACAACGGUAGAGACAACGCAGCAAACUUCCCGCUCAACACCGACACCCUCCACGACCCCAGCCAGCACCUCCACCACCGCAACAGGAACCGACACCGACACAUUAAUCGUGAGCCCGAUUCCCACUGACGAACCCAGCGAACCGCCCGCCGUCGCCCUCGUCACCGUCGUCUUUGGCCCCUCCGCCUCGCGGGAGACUAUCGCGGGAGGCACCCCGAAGCGCAAGGCCGACCCCACAACGUCUGCAAGCCUCCCGCCCGGCAUCGGCGUACCCCAAGGCACGCCCAUCUUGACAGUUUUCGUCACGGUGACACAAAAGGAGCGGGAGACCGUCACGGUCACUGUGACGAAGGAUUGA